AACCAGCUGUUCCAGCUGGAUCCCAGAACCGGCAAGGUCAUCGAGUACCCGAUUCCAUUCGCAACACCCGUGAGCAACGCGACCUUCGGAACGAUUCCGGCUCCUCUAGGCGACAGGACCAAGUUCUCUUGCGCCAUUCGUAGUGGUGCAGACGGAAACAUCUACGCCUCGAAUGGCGUCAACAACCAGCUUGUCCAGCUUCGACUACGCGAUAAGCGAAUCCGACUCUUCCAGAAUCCAACAAACCCAGUCGGCAAUCUCUUCCCCUUCAACGAUCUCUACACCGACUCUCAAGGCAUGUGGGUCACACAAACGACCGGAAACAUUCUCCAAUACUUCUCUUAUUCUCAACAACAAUUCGUCACUAGCCUUCAGCGCACAAUUCCCACCGCCGCCUCACUGCCACUCGGCGUGUUUGUCGCAAGCGAUGGCGUCGUCUAUGGCUGUGAAGUCCUCGGGAACAAGAUCUUCACAUUUGACAAGAGGACUGGCUCUCUGAGAGAGUACACUCUCCCUAAACCACUCCAGGCACCAUCCGUUGUUCGCGCCGAGAAGAACGGAUGGGUCUACUUCACCCUGCUUUUCGGAAACGGCAUGGGCAGAAUCAACAUGAAGUCCAAGGCAAUCGAGUUGUAUCCUACCAACCAGAACCCCGGAUUCGGAUCCGUGAAUACUGGGCCUGCGAACGAUGGUAGAGUCUGGAUGAGCUAUUUCGCUUCUGUCAACGCUCUUGCCGGAUUCGAUGAUCAGACCAAAAAGUACACAUAUGUGCCGUUCCCCGAUUCCUUGGCUCAAUAUGGAUUUCCAGGUGCUGUUGGAGCUGUGCCGCCUUAUUUCAAUAUUGCUGUCAACUACAAGCCAGGAAAUGCGCUUUGGUUCAGCACCCCGACGUUCAAUGCUAUCGGAAGGUACUCUGUG